AUGUCCGAGAUACGAUCUCAACUAGCGCGGCCGGACUGUCAUGAGCAACAAAUCGACUGGAAGCUCAAAAUAUUAAGUGCAACGGGCUACGAAGGCGCUUCUGUCACGGUGCAAGCCAUGGGAUCACCAGAAUCAACUCUUUACGAUAUUUCGAAGGGCCUUGAGCUAUGCUUGGUUGGCAAGGUGAUCCACAGUCUCAAGAGGAUAGAAUUAGUAGCGAUCAAAGCCACGCUUUCAGGUGCUACGGGAAUUAGCAAAUAUAAACCGCGGUGUCUAUAUUGGAACUAUGAUAAGAUGAACAAAACAGGCGGUAUUCGGGAUCACCGGAGAUUCGGUCAGAUAGUCCGGAUAUGA